GCCGGAUAUCUUCGCGGGGGGAAAGCUGCCGGCCCGCCGACUCCAACCUUGGCGACCGUCACAAGUCAGUUGCCUUGCACACAUGACGAGCCGAAGAAGCGAUUCGCCUUAGAGUGCGCGUGAUUUUUCCUGUUGCCUGCGAUGGAGUCGUGGCAGCCACUUCGUAGACAGCACCGACGGCAGCGAAGCGUAGCCUCUCUGCUAGUGUCGUGCGUUGCAGUGCUUUGCCUUUCGUGCCUCGAUGGCGGCCGCGCCGAUGAGUCCCAGCCUCCCCUGGUGCGGAUCGAAAACGGACUAAUCUCUGGCAAGCGGAUCACAGUGGUGGGCAAGCAGGUGGACGCGUUCCUCGGCAUACCGUACGCCGUGCCUCCGAUAGGCAAUCUCCGCUUCGAGAAGCCGCAGCCAGCUGACGCUUGGGACGGCACGCUGCAGGCCGUCAACAAGCCGCCUCCGUGCCGUCAGCUGGACAUGCCGUUCCUCGCAGGUAAACGCCUACACUAUUCCAAUACCAGCACCGAAGACUGUCUGUACGUGAACGUGUGGAGGCCAUCGUCAAGCUGCCCCCGGUCCGAGUCGUGCGGGGCCAAACUAGCCGUAAUCGUGUUCAUACACGGCGGAGCGUUGCAGUGGGGAGACUCGGGUUUGUUCCUCAACGACCCGUCAGUGUUCGUCGCUGAAUCGAAUGUGGUCUUCGUCACGUUUAAUUAUCGGGUUAGCAUGUUCGGGUUCCUCUCCGCCAAGAACCCGGACCUUCCUGGUAACAUGGGCAUGUGGGAUCAGAUUCUUCUAUUGAAGUGGGUUCAGAAGAACAUCGGGAAAUUCGGCGGUGACCCCGCGAUGGUGACGUUAAAGGGUCAGAGCGCUGGCGCAAUCACAGCCGGCCUGCUCGCUACGUCGCAACAAAGUAAGGGCCUCUUCAACAGAAUCGUUAUGGAGAGCAGUACACCACUGUCGCUGUUUCUCACCAUGAGCUUUAACGUGGUUGGUCAAUUUGUCAACGUUGCCAAUGCGCAUGGUUGCAUCGACAACUCGAAAGACUGGAGAGAGGAAACUCCUACCAUCGUCAACUGCCUCAGGAAGGUCGAGAGUGACGUCAUCAUCGCCAAACUGAAGGAGGAGACCACCUUCAAGCAGGUGUUCCCGAUGGUACACGGUGACCAAUUUUUUCCCAAUGACCCCUUGGAUCCCGAAACAUACGCGGACCUGCACGUAAAAGAGAUUCUGCUCGGAACGACGACGGAUGAAGGCACGGUAUUCCUCAACAGUAUACGCGACGUUGCGCCUCAAUUUGAAGACUACAUCUCGGGUAACUACCGCCUUGCCAUGACACUAGCACUGAAGACCAUGUUCAACAUUCCGCUAUCUCACGCUCGAGAUAUUACGAUUGCCUACUUUGGCGAUCAGAGCGUAGAGCACAACAAAAAAUCCGUCAUCGAUAUCUUCUGUGAACUGUUCGCUGACGCCACAAUUUACUGCCCGACACUGAUGUUCGCGGACGUGGCGACGCAGCGAGGGGUGAAGGCAUAUCGUUACAUAUUCGCCCACAAAGCUUCGGACAGCUACUGGCCCGAAUGGAUGGGCGUCACGCACGGGGACGACUUACCUUACACAAUGGGCGCUUUGCUACUACCCAAGGACGAGAACCUGUUUACUCCUCCGGUAGGGCAAGAACUUCGUGACCUGAUUCUCAAAAAGACUCACACUCCUGCCGAGGAAGAGUUCGUGAAGCAGAUAAUCGCAAGUUGGGCGGCGUUUGCCAAACACGGAACGCCUGCGAUGGUGACGCCUGGAGACAAGUGGCCGGUGCACACGGCAGGCAAUUCGCUACUCGUAAGCCUCAAACCGAGCAGCUUCAACGUGACAGCGGAGCAGCACAGAUCACGCUGCAACCUCUGGAAACCAUUGCUGUUGCGCAAGUCCGCAUCGCAUAGUUCGUCCGACCCGGCAUCCCAGAAAACCACUACCGGAAAACCCAGUGUCAAGACAUCAAAGGGGAAGUUCUCACCCGACAAAACGAACUCGGUCUUGAAGAAACCACCGUCAUCGAGUACCGUAAAUGUUCAAUCAAGCCUCAUCACUGUUGCGCUAGCUUGUCUUACGAUUUACCAGUGGUGAUAAAGAAGUGUUUCGCGAACGUAUCUUUCUGCUUGCAUUGCCUUCUCCGCGGGGCAACAAGGGAGGCAAUGUCAGCUCUGAAAGGCAAGGCCAUGAUACUCAGGGCAACGUCCACAACGUCAUGAACGGCCAACAGCUCAAGCAAUCACAGCGGUAUCUAACUUGAGCUACUGCAUAUGGCUCUGCAAGUUGGGAGACAUAUACAGGAACUCAAUGUCAAUCAUGCAAGCAGCGCCACCUCCCGCACUCAUAUUUUCUUAAUUGCGCUGUUUACAGUGAAAACAUCGGCUUCUAAAAAUGAUGUCACUGCUAUGGUUACUGAGGCUUUGCCUAUCGGAGGCCUUGUUGAGGAAUUCUAUCAAACAUAAAAUCGAGUCACAAAGUGAACCUGUAUUCCUGCAAGCAGGUAGAAUCAGAUUUGCAUGAUGCCGCCCCACUCGCGACCCUCUUCCUAGACAUGCAGCCACUGCCUACGUUACGCUACCGUUAAUUGGCUAAGUGUAAUCUCCUCGAAAACAGCGAGAAAUGCGACACGAGAGGGGUUGUAUUGGUUCUUAAUUGUGUCUUUACGUAACUGGUUUGAAGUUGUACAGUGUUUUCCUAUGAGUAUGAAGUUAAUAAAAACGUACAACCCGCUUAUAGUGAUUUUGUCU